ACUAGGGUUUUUUGAAAAAUCCUAAUUAUCUCUCUCUUCAAUGGGUACGACAUUAAUUUGCUUAGUAUUUAAUUUGCAAAGUAUUAUAUUAUAGUAUUUAACAAAGUUCCUCCUUCAUUUAGCAAUUUAUCUGCAAACUCAAAGUAGACGUUUUCGGUUAAACCAUUCCGCUGGUAUCUGGUAUAUUUUCAAGGACCGUGUAUACUCUUUGGUGGAGCACAGUUUGAACAUAAUACGAGCACCAUACUCAUGUGAUUUCGUCCCCUCCAAGACAUCAUUGUCUCGUCGACUACAGUAUCAAAAAUAAAAGUCGAUAAUAAGAAAAAUAAGCGUAGUUACUUAUUUUACUGUUUAUACAACUGUUUUUAUUAUCAAGCAGUGAAAUCGUGCGUACUUCCUAUUUCGUUGCUCCCCAGGUUUAAUUACCUUAUAAUUCAAGUAAAAUUAACCAGUAAAUUUCUUUAUUAUCAAUAUUGUAGUAACCCUUAAGACAAUUUAACCAACACAAAAAAAAUAAAAAGGCAAUUAAAAAAAAAUCUUCAUUUAAUUACCAUUUAAACCUUUUUAGAAAUUUUUAUUCAUUAAAAUCCACGUCUUAUCUUUACUUUUAUCUACAAAUGAUACGUUGACGAAAAAUAAAUUAAAGCUGUAAGGACACAUCAUCAAAACGUUACAGCUAAACUCGCAUCAUCUUAAACAUAUGGAUCUUAAACGAUUUCGUAACCGAUUCUAGUUUUGCGGCCACAUCUUAAUCUAGAUCUUUCUUUAUUUCAACAAAAUUAAAUAAUUCGCCGCUAUUUUUAGUGACGUUUUUACAGCAUCCGCGAUGUAGAAUAAAACGUAGGUUGGUAAAAAGGGGUUAUUGACCCACGAAAGUUUUCUUUUUAUACCAUUAAGAGCAACUACCGGCUUCUCACGUUAUCCUAAACGUAACAAUAACCAAUUAUUAACAAAAAAAAUUAUGGAGGAAGAAUAUAAAGUUUCAUCAGAACUUUAUGAAGAAACCAAUAAUAUAACUGAUAUCAAACCAACUGCAUCCCCAACCAAUGUAGUUUCAGUAUUUAAAUUCACAAACCCGUCAUCAAUUGUAGAUAGCGAUGGUGAUUUAGUUGUUAAAAGAAAACCAAGUAAAAACGACAGCACAGAAAAAGAUUCAAUCCAAAUUGAGCACAGUACAAGUACAAUCUUAGAUUUAGUUGGAUUACAAAUAUGGAGAGGAGCUUUUUUAUUAGCGGAUUGGUUAAUUUACAACAACAAAGAUUUACCUAAAGACGGGGUCAUCCUUGAAUUGGGCUCAGGAGUUGGAUUAACAAGCAUUAUUGCUGCUAUGUAUAGGAACGUUAUUUGUACAGAUAUUGAUCAAGGAGGGAUAUUAAAUUUAAUCUCCGAAAAUGUAAAAAGAAAUAAAUCCCUUACAAAACAUCAAGUUUCUGUGUUAAAAUUAGAUUUUUUAUCGGAAAAUUUUACUGAAGAAAUUGAAGUACUUUUACCGAAAGUUAAAAUAAUAUUAGCAGCAGAUGUUAUUUAUGAUGAUAUGAUCACACAAGCUUUCGUCGCAACACUCCAAAAACUUCUGUUGAAAUGUCCACAAUGCGUUGUUUAUAUCGCCUUAGAAAAAAGAUACGUUUUCACUGUAAACGAUUGCGAUACGUGCGCUCCUUGUUACGAAUAUUUUCUUGAAUGUUUGGAAAAAGUACCCAAAAUCAAUUCAGAAUUAUUACCGUUAGAUUUUGGUCAAUAUUUCGAAUAUGAUCGUGUUAAAGAAUUAGUUUUAUGGAAAAUUACUUCUAAAUAAAAAACUUUUAUACUGGAAAAAUAGAAGUAGCAUCACUUUAUUUUUUUUUCUUGACACACUUAUAUUUCUUCACAU